AUGGCCCAAUCCACGCAUACCUAUAAACAAGGCCACACCGCCAGCACGCUCGCGACACAUCUGCUCCGGACGGCGGAAGUUGACGGAGGGUUUUUACUGCCUCACAUUCAGAAGAUUCACCAUAUCUUGGACAUAGGCUGUGGCCCAGGAACCAUUACAACCGGCUUCGCCAAGUACGCCUCUGAAGGACGAAUCGUUGGCGUGGACUUUUCAGAGGGAGUGCUGGAAAAGGCGAGAGCGCUGGCGUCGGAAGCAAAAAUCCCUACUGAAGGCCCAGGGUCGGUAGUCUUCCAGUACGGUGACGUCCUCAAGACGUUGCCCUUCGACGACGAGACGUUCGAUAUCGUCUAUUGCUCCCAAGUCUUUGGCCACCUGCCACCACCAGAUCAGCCUCUGCAAGCGCUUGCUGAGAUUCGCCGGGUCCUGAAGAAGGGAGGCAUCUUGGCCACUCGCGAUGGUGUAGCACAACAUUUCUACCCGUCCUCCCUCAAUCUCGACAAGCUGUGGGGUGAGAACGCUUAUCGAGUUUAUAUGGGCGAGGCGUACGGCAAGUAUACGCCGACGAAUCAGCAAAUGCCGGCCUUACUCAGACGCAGAGGAUUCGACGUCGAUGAGAAGGUCGAAGUCAGCGGUGCAGCCAGUAUGCUUACUGGUCGUGAAGCCCGAGUGUGGCUUGCGAAUCGUGGUGCUGGGCAGUUGAAGAAGGGUGAGCCAUUCUAUCAGAGCUGGCUUGAUGCUGGAAUCUCUGAGGAUGAGAUCGGAGAAACGUUGAAAGCAGUCAAUAAAUGGGCAGACACGGAAGACGCGUGGUUCUCGUCGACGCAGGUGCAAAUUUUGGCGUGGAAGUAA